UUCCAAACAUAAUCCUGUUAAAUGUACGCAUUUAAAGUAAACACUAUUGAAAUGGGUUUUUGUCUAAUUUAUCUGCGUUAAUUUCGGGCGGGGUCGAUUAAGAUUUUACAGGUUCCCUAAAUCUCGCGUUAUCUUCCUUACUUCCUUCGAGACUUUGGACAAACUCAAACAUGUCCAAGUUCAGCACAAUCACUUGGCCGAAAGUUAUUUUGUUUGGCGACUCCAUCACACAGUUUUCAUUUCAAGCCAAUGGAUGGGGAGCAGAUCUAGCUAACAAGCUUGCGAGAAAAUGUGAUGUUGUAAACAGAGGACUGUCAGGAUACAACUCCAGAUGGGCCAAGAUUGUUCUUCCUCGCCUCAUUAACAGCCAAAAUUCUGCAGACAACAACAUAGUAGCUGUUACUGUCUUCUUUGGAGCCAACGAUUGUGCACUGGAAGAUAAGAAUUCACAGCAACACAUCCCUUUGCAGGAAUAUUCUGAGAACCUGAAGGAGAUCAGCGGGUUUCUGACCUCAGCAGGUGUAUCAGCAGACAGAGUUAUCUUCAUCACUCCUCCUCCUAUUCAUGAGCCAGUCUGGGAGAAAGAGUGCAUUCUUAAAGGAUGUCCUCUUAAUCGCCUCAACUCUGUAGCUGGGCAGUAUUCUCAGGCCUGUGUCCAAGCAGCUGGUCAGUGUGGUUCAGAUGUCUUGGAUCUCUGGACACUAAUGCAGAAAGAUGGACAAGACUACACAACCUACCUGUCUGACGGACUGCAUCUCUCAGAGAAGGGAAACCAGUUUGUUGCCCAGCACCUGUGGGGACUGCUGGAGAGCCGUGUGGCUGACCUGCCCUUCAUUCUGCCUUACUGGGGAGACGUGGAUGCGAAAAGCCCUGAAAGCAGCCUCCUGUGUUCCCAGUGAAUGAGAAAACCUUUCCUUUAACUAUCAAUCCUGCCACUGUGGUUUAUAAAGCAAUGUAAGACCGUGUGUCAAUGUUUAAAAUGCACAAUAAAUUUUUUUUUAUUA